CGUGUUUGAAAGUCCGACUCAUGUUACCGCUUGACUAGUAGUCGAAAUCCAUCCCAAAUCCACCAAAGAUGAUUUCAUUUUCGAAACGCGGAUUUCUUCUUGCACCUAUGACCACCUACGACGACCUUCCGGGAUAAAGUGACUUGAGCGCCUGGAUUUGAUCCUGUCGAUUGGGGAAAUCUCAACGCAUCUGGCCAGACUUAUGCACAACCAAGUCGAUACAUCCAUGCGCAUCCCAUCAUCUGUGCUCAAGUCACACAACAAAAAAGAGGAUGCUUGGACAACGAUCAAUGGAAAGGUUUAUAAUACCACCCUACCUCCACAUCACCCGGGUGGCGAGAAGGAGCUCGUCAGAGCAUCGGGCGGAGAUGGAAUCAAGUUGCUUUCCCUGACACAUGCGUGGGCGGAUGCGGACUUCAUGCACAUGCUUGAUGCAUGCCUGGUCGGAUUCCUAGUCUCAGAACCAAGCUCUUAAUCGUUUGGACAUGACGUCGGAUAUAAUUGUUUAGCCUAGAACUGCAUGCUCCUAUCGAUAUUUAUACCCGAUCACUUGCUGUGCUGCAACGGGCCCCGCACAGGUGCUGUGGUGUACUUGACGCUCAGCGCUCAAACCGGACCGCCACGAAAUGGACAUUUGAGGUGUAGCUGCUUAGUCAUCGUUAUCAUAAUAUUAAGUGUCUCAACUCACUACAAGACUACGGAAAUCUACUAUUGCCUUGAUCAU